AAUAAAAUCAACCAAACGCGUAUCAAAAAUCCUGAUUGCUGUUCCAGGCUUCCACAUAUCUAGUUUCCUGCUUCCUUUUGGCUUCCAAAAGCCGGCAGACUUGCCGCUGCCUUUUCUCCUUCUCAUUCCCCAUUUUCCCCACUUUUUAAUUUCCCACAACAUUCCAUUAGAACUCAACCCCACAAAACCCGAAACCGAACCCAAGAAAGGAAAAAAUUUCACAUCUUCAAAAAAGAUAACAAGCCCAGUAGCUGAAAAUGGGAGUUGACUACUAUAACAUUCUAGGAGUCGGCCGUAACGCGUCGGAAGAGGACCUAAAAAAGUCCUACAAAUGCCUCGCAAUGAGGUGGCACCCGGACAAGAACCCUAUCAACAAGAAAGAAGCGGAGGCUAAAUUCAAGCAAAUUUCUGAAGCAUACGACGUCCUUGGCGACCCUCAAAAGCGUCAGAUCUAUGAUAUGUACGGUGAAGAAGGCCUCAAGUCAGCUGAAUUAUCGAGCCCCAGUGGGUAUGGUGGCGGUGCUGGUGUCGGUAGUGGGGCCUACAGGUUUAAUCCGCAUUCCUACAGGUUUAAUCCGAGUAAUGCGGAUGAUAUAUUUGCGGAGUUUUUUGGAGGGUCGGAGAAGAGGUUUUAUGGAGAUGGUGGGGUUGGGAGUCAAGGGAACAAGCAGGCGGCGCCGGUUGAAAGUAAGUUGGUUUGUAGUUUGGAGGAGCUUUAUAAAGGCGGUAAGAGGAAAAUGCGGAUUUCCCGGACUGUUCCUGAUGAAUUUGGUAAGCCAAAGACCGUGGAGGAAAUCUUAAAAAUAGAUAUCAAGCCUGGCUGGAAGAAGGGCACAAAAAUUACUUUUCCUGAGAAAGGAAACCAUGAACCUGGUGUCACUCCAGCUGAUCUUAUCUUUGUGGUAGAUGAGAAACCACACCCUAUUUUCAAGAGGGAUGGGAAUAAUCUGGUUGUCAAUCAGAAAAUCUCUCUUCUUGAGGCCCUCACUGGGAUUACCCUCAGUUUGACAACCUUGGAUGGAAGAAACCUCAUGAUCACAGUUACAGAUAUUGUGAAACCAGGUCAUGAGGUGGCGAUCCCAAAUGAGGGGAUGCCAAUCUCGAAAGAACCCAGCAAGAAGGGACACCUGAAAAUCAAAUUUGAUAUCAUCUUUCCGUUGAGGCUCACUGCAGAGCAGAAGUCUGGUCUGAAGAGGGUAUUGGGUAGAGCUGAUAAAUAGUCAAGUAGUCCAUGCCUGAGGACACAACCAUCUAUUAACACUCAUUGAUAUUAAUUGUCAACUCAAUGUAAAUAGGUUUAAUUUUAAUUCUUAACUACUAAAGCCGAAAGGCUGUGCAUAGUCGGAAACAAGUUUGCAAACAGUGUUUGAUCGAAUGCCCUAUCUGCCACUUUAAUCGAAAAUUUGUGUACUUUGUAUUUAGUGGUAAUUUGGUGCUGGAAGUUACAGGAAAGACCCUUUUUGUUACUAUAUAUUUUGGAAAUGAUGAAUUUUAAUGUGUUGAUUUGUUUCAAAUUUAGCCAUGGAAGUUCAAAUUGCAUAGAAUUGUUACUGUAGAUAUGUUACUGUUUUACCAAGUGGUCUAAAGUUGCUUAUUUAUUCCAAAAUUCUUUCCAGACAUCAAUUCUAAUAAUCAUGCUCGAUAUUUUAGUUAUGCACUACCAUGCUUGAUGCCUCCAACGAAGAUGUUAUGAACUGUACGAAAACUAGCAUAGCUAAUGCCUCUGAAUUCUUUGCCCUGUCUAAUAUUCACCAUAAACCAACUCCACCCCCACUGGCUGUUUAAAUUAGAUACCAAUUGAAAAUUCCUGGCAAAGAAGGGGAUGGAGGCAUUGUUAGAAACCGUGAGGAAAAUUGGGCGUCAGGAUGUUCACGUAGAUUGGGUUUUACAACCAAAUAUGAUUGCUGAAUGUUGAGAUGGUCUACGGACUUGAGGAACGGCUUCAAAUUCAAAACCUUAUUAUUGAACUUGAUUCUAUAGCUGGUAAAACUUUUUAACUCCGUAAUGAGGAGCCUUCUAAUGCCUUCCUUUGUCCUAUCAUUGAGGAU